CCGGGGUGCGAGGCGCUGCAGCCGGUGCCCGCAGCCCUGGGCCGGGCCCGCUCGCUGGCCGCCGUCGGUCAAGCUGGAGGCUGCAUGGCCCGGAGCUCGCCCCCAGCGGCUCGGCUCCGCUCCAGAGAGUCCGGCAUGGACCACCUGAUCCUGUGGAUGCUGCUGCUUAUGUCCCCUGCAGCCUGGGUUCAGGGCUGUCCCUCAGGCUGCCAGUGCAGCCAGCCACAAGUUGUGUUCUGUGCGGCCCGGAGGAGCCACGCCGUCCCGAGUGGCCUGCCACCGGACACAGCCUACCUGUACGCCUUCGAGAAUGGCAUCACCUCGCUCCAUGACGACAGCUUCCGGGGACUCCCAGCACUGCAGCAGCUGGACCUCUCCCAGAACAAGAUUUCCAGCCUCCAGAGGAAUGUCUUCCAUCCCCUCACCAACCUUGUCAACUUGGAUCUGUCAUCCAACCAGCUGCGUGAGAUCACCAACGAAACCUUCCACGGGCUGCGCCUGCUGGAGCGCCUCUACCUGGACCGGAACCGAAUCCAGCGCAUCCACCCGGCUGCCUUGGACACACUGGAGAACCUGCUGGAGCUGAAGCUCCAGAACAAUCAGCUGCGUUUGGUUCCUCCGCUGAACCUUCCCAAACUCCUGCUGCUGGACAUAAGUCACAACGGCAUUGCCACCAUCGAAGCUGGUGCCUUUCACACAGUGAACAUAGAGUCUCUCAAGAUCGCAGGGCUGGGACUGAGCAGCUUGGAUGAGGAGCUUUUUCAGAACUUGAACAACCUCCAUGAGCUGGACAUCUCGGACAACUCGCUGGGUAGAGUCCCGGAGGUGCUCCGGCGGCUCCGGGGCCUCACCAGGCUCAGCCUGGCUGGGAACACCCAAAUCGCUCAGCUGCAGGUGGAGGAUUUCGGGGAGCUGCCCAACCUCCAAGAGCUGGACAUCAGCAACCUCAACCUCAACACCAUUCCCCAGGACUUCUUCAGCCUCUUCCCCAGGCUCCGGGCCAUCACCGUGGCCGAGAAUCCAUUCAACUGCCUCUGCCAGCUGAGCUGGUUUGGGCGCUGGCUACACACCAGCCAUGUCACACUCAGGAGGUCCGAGGAGACAAGGUGCCACUUCCCUCCCAAGAACGCUGCUAAGCUCCUCCAGCACCUGGAAUAUGCAGACUUCGGCUGUCCUGCCACCCCAACCCCCACCCCCACCCUGAGAACCACCUCCCUGCAGCCGGCCGUGCUCCUCACCAGCAGCGGGCACUCUGCACUGGAGCCCAGCCUUACUGCUCCCACUCAUGAGCCCGCACCCCGGCAGGACAGCUCUACUCGCGCACCACACACGGCUGCGCAGGGGCCGACUAGCCCCGAGAUGCAGAUCUGCCCUCCCCGGACGUGCUUAAAUGGGGGCACCUGCCAGGUAGACACGCACAACCACCUGGAGUGCCAGUGCCCCAACGGCUUCUCGGGCUUGUACUGCGAGGCCGAGAUCCGGAGAACAACCCUGCCCCCCAUCACCCAGGCACCCACGCAAAGCAAGCAAAUCAGCAUUAAGCAGGUCAGCAGCACCUCACUGACGGUGGACUUAAAAAACUAUCAACAGGCCAAAGAUCAGCUGAAGGGCAUCCGCCUGACCUACCGCAACCUGUCCGGGCCCGACAAGCGGCCGGUCACACUCAGCCUGCCGACGUUGCUCUCCGAAUACACCGUACGUGCGCUGAGACCGAACUCCACCUACCACCUCUGCACUGGACCGCUGGGGGAGAAGCCCUCCGAAGGGGAGUUCUGCAUUGAGGCCCACACUGCUGUGCAGAGGACUCACCAGCAGCACCUGCCCGUCACCCAGAGCAAAGACAGCAACCUGACGCUCAUGAUUGUGCCAGCGCUGGCUGCUGUGCUGCUGCUGGUGAUUGCUGUGACAGCAGUCACAUACUAUCUCCGACACCGACGGGCUAAGGCACAUGCUGAUGCUGGGGUGGACUCCAGCCCCCUGGAGCUGGAAGGGGUGAAAACAUGUCUGGAAAACAGAGACUUAGCGACCCACAGUCAAAAGCUGCCAGAGAAUGUGGCAGUGCUGAAUGGCUUAGAAUGCGACGUCCCCCUGGUGCACCAACGCUACCCCAGUAACAACAACAGCCCAGCGGUCAAGCCGUCCUAUUUCUAGAGCAAAAGAGAGACCAUGAGAGAGUCUCCAUUCACAAGUCCCAGAGCCUGGAUGGACGGGAUACAGGCUGACUGUUGUUACUACCCAGGGAACGUUCCACAUGGGACAAGGGACAUUGAGAGUUAACUUAAAUUAAGACAGAACCCCACAUAAUGUGCAAUUUUCCUAGAGGCUUAUACAUGUAGGAAGUAGACACUGUAAUUUAUCUGCUCAGCACAUGACUAAGUGCCUACAUUUCCCUGGCUGCCCUGCUGUGUGUGCAGAGAGAAGGUUUUUAGCCACUGCUACACUGAAUGAUGUGUGACUUAGGCCUGGUCUACACUAUGCAUUUAAACCGAAUUUAGCAGCGUUAAACCGAUUUAAGCCCGCACCCGUCCACACAACAAAGCCUGUUAUAUCGAUAUAAAGGGCUCUUUAAACCGAUUUCUGUACUCCUCCUGACGAGAGGAGUAGCGCUGAAAUCGGUAUUGCCAUGUUGGAGUAGGGUUAGUGUGGCUGCAAAUCGACGGUAUUGGCCUCCAGGCGGUAUCCCACAGUGCACCAUUGUGACCGCUCUGGAAAGCAAUCUGAACUUGGAUGCACUGGCCAGGUAGACAGGAAAAGCCCAGCGUGGAGCUCUGAUCAGCAUGGGUGGCGAUGCAGUCCCAAAUCCAAAAAGAGCUCCAGCAUGGACCGUACGUACGGGAGAUACUGGAUCUGAUCGCUGUAUGGGGAGACAAAUCUGUUCUAUCAGAGCUCCGUUACAGAAGACGAAAUGCCAAAGCAUUUGAAAAAAUCUCCAGGCUAUGAUACAGAGUCCACAGCACAGUGCUGUGUGACAAGUGAAACGGAAAGCCAAAGAAUCAAAUAGAUGCUCAUGGAGGGAGGGAGGGGGUACUGAGGACUCCAGCUAUCCCACAGUCCCUGCAGUCUCCGAAAAGCAGUUGCAUUCUUGGCUGAGCUCCCUAUGCCUGAAGAGUCAAAAACAUUUUCCUGGGUGUUUCAGGGUAUAUGUCAUCAAUUUACACCCCUCGCCCCCGAAAGAAAAGGGGAAAAAAAACCUUUCUCGCCUUUUUUCAAUGUCACCCUAUGUCUACUGCAUGCUGCUGGUAGACGGGGUGCUGCAGCGCUGAACACCCGCAUCCCCUCCCCGGUGGCAGAUGGUACAAUAUGACUGCUAUCCAUCAUCAUCAGCAGCCCGUGAGUGCUCCUGGCUGGCCUCGGUGAGGUCGGCCGGGGGGCGCCUGGGUAAAAAUGAGAAUGACUCCCGGUCAUUCCUGGCAGAUGGUACAGAACGGCUGGUAACUGUCCUCGUCAUAGCAACUGGAAGCUGAGCUCUAUCAGCCCCUUCCCCCCACCCCUUUCAUGUCAUAGCAGUGGGAGGCUGCGCUCCUCUCCCUCGCCACCCUUUAAUAUCCUGCCUGGACUAUCAUAGCAGCUGGAGGCUUCCUCCCCCUCAUUUUAUCUCACUAAAAAGUCAGUGUUUCUUAUUCCUGCAUUCUUUAUUACUGAAUCACACAAAUGGGGGGACACUGCCACGGUAGCCCAGGAGGGUUGGGGGAGGAGGGAAGCAACGGGUGGGGUUGU